AUGGAAAGCAACAUGACAGUUUCAGCUGAUAUCCUAGAGAUCCAAGGCUUUGACAUAUCUCCAGAGUUCACAUACCCUCUGUUUUUCUUACUGCUGUUUUUCUACUUUUCCCUGCUUUUUUCUAACAUUGGAGUUCUUAUCCUCAUCAUCACUGAAAAGAGUUUGCACCAGCCAAUGUAUAUUCUGUUUUGUAAUCUGUCUGUGAAUGAUCUAAUAGGUAACACAGUCCUAUUGCCUCGGCUAAUGGCUCACAUCAUCUCAACAGAGCGGUUUAUCACCUACAACCAGUGUGCGGUUCAAGCCUUUUACAGCCACACGUUCGGAUCAGCUUCACAUAUGAUUCUCAUCAUUAUGGCAAUUGACAGAUAUGUGGCCAUUUGUCACCCCUUAAGGUACAGCUCAAUCAUGACCACCAAAACUGUGAUUUGGCUGUCAGCAACUGCAUGGGGGGUGUCAUUACUGCUUGUGUCUGUUCUGAUAGGUCUCACAGUGAGGCUGUCCCGUUGUAGAUCAGUUAUACAAAAUGCUUAUUGUGACAACGCAUCACUGUUCAAGCUUUCUUGUGACAAUGUGUCCAUCAACAAUAUCUAUGGACUCUUUUUCACUGUGCUGCUGUUUAGUUGCUCAAUUGGAGGCAUUGCUGUCACCUAUUUCCGAAUAGCUCUCAACUGCUGGAUCAAGAAAAACAAAGAGCUGAAUAGCAAAGCGCUGCAAACCUGUGCAAGCCACCUUGUUCUUUAUCUCAUCAUGCUCUGGUCGGGGUUUUUAACAAUUAUAUUGCAUCGUUUCCCAGAUUACCCAGAUUUAAGGAAGAUUGCAUAUAUUUUAUUUCAUGUGGUUCCUGCUAAUUUAAAUCCACUCAUUUAUGGAAUGCAAACAAGGUCUUUACGGGAUAAAAUUAUCCAAGUACUUCAAAGAAAAGUGACUGCAACCUAA